AAACACGGAAGCAGCAUGGCGUCGAACUAUAACAGCUCCGAGAGGCAGCGAAUUGCACAGCAAAGAUUGAAAAUCAUUGCCGGCCAUUUACAGAAAGAUGGAGACGGACAACCGGUACGGAUAUUUGCAAACGACUGCAAAGCCGAAGCAACUGACAGACGUUCUUCCGUUGCAAGAUCUAUGCCUAAAAGGAGGCAGGAGAUUAUGAAAUGGAACGGCUGGGGCUACAGUGAUUCCAGGUUUCUCUUCAAUAAGAAAGGCCAGGCGGAAUUCACUGGAAAAAGGUAUCGCUUGAGUGGCCUGAUCCUGCCCAGUUUGAAGGACUGGUUUGAGGGAACCUUCGGGGCCAACCUCCAGCACAAGUCACCGGCUGUGCCGUCUGUCAGCGCCAGCACUGUCCCUCCGCCCUGCCUGAAUGAGGACUUCGUCCAGGACGUGAAGGCCAGCGGCGUUCCCUACUCUCACGAAGCGGAGGACCGCAUGUUCCGCGCACACGGUCACUGCUUGCACGAGAUCUUCGCCCUGCGAGAAGGAAAGGUGGGCCGCGUUCCGGACAUGGUGGUCUGGCCGAAUUGUCACGACGACGUGGUGAAAAUCGUGGAGCUGGCCAGCAAACACAACGUGUGUUUGAUACCAUACGGAGGAGGAACCAGCGUGUCCAGCGCCCUGGAAUGCCCUCCGGAGGAGACCCGCUCCAUUGUCUCGCUGGACACCUCGCAAAUGAACCGAAUAUUGUGGAUCGACGAGAAGAAUUUAACGGCGCACAUCGAAGCCGGCAUCGUCGGGCAGGACUUGGAGAGAGUGCUGAACGAGAGUGGCUAUUGCACAGGCCAUGAGCCAGACUCCAUGGAGUUCAGCUCUCUGGGCGGCUGGGUGGCCACCCGGGCCUCUGGCAUGAAGAAGAACAUCUACGGCAACAUUGAAGACCUGGUCAUCCACAUAAAGAUGGUGACCCCUCGAGGAGUGAUCGAGAAAGGCUGCCAGGGCCCGCGCAUGUCCAUGGGGCCCGACAUCCACCACUUCAUCCUGGGCUCGGAAGGAACCUUGGGCGUUGUCACGGAAGUGACGAUGAAGAUCCGCCCCAUCCCAGAAUACCAGAAGUACGGCUCGGUGGUCUUCCCCAGUUUUGAACAGGGAGUAGCGUGCUUGAGAGAAAUUGCGAAACAGAGAUGCGCGCCAGCUUCCAUUAGACUGAUGGACAAUGCACAGUUUCAAUUCGGUCAUGCCCUGAAGCCUCAGGUUUCAUCAAUAUUCACGUCUUUUCUGGAUGGUCUAAAGAAAUUCUACAUCACAAAGUUCAAAGGGUUUGACCCCCACCGCCUGUGUGUGACCACCCUACUGUUUGAGGGCGAUCGGGAGAGAGUCCUGCAGCAUGAGAAACAAGUCUAUGACAUCGCAGCCAAAUUUGGGGGCCUGGCAGCUGGGGAGGACAAUGGGCAGAGAGGCUACAUGCUGACCUUCGUCAUCGCUUACCUUCGGGACCUGGGAAUGGAGUACUAUGUGAUAGGAGAGUCUUUUGAAACUUCAGUACCCUGGGACAGGGUCCUGGAUCUCUGCAGGAAUGUAAAAGAACGGAUUGUGAGAGAGUGCAAAGAGAAAGGCGUCCAGUUUCCUCCCAUGUCUACUUGCAGAGUGACUCAGACGUAUGACGCCGGCGCCUGUGUGUACUUCUAUUUUGCCUUCAACUACAGAGGACUCGCUGACCCUGUGCACGUCUACGACCAAGUGGAGCAUGCAGCCAGGGAGGAGAUCCUUGCCAACGGUGGAAGCCUUUCACACCAUCAUGGAGUGGGGAAGCUACGGAAGCAGUGGAUGAAGGAGUCUAUCUCGAACGUGGGUUUGGGCAUGCUCAAAUCCGUCAAGGACUUUGUGGACCCGGACAACAUCUUUGGCAACAGGAACCUCCUGUGAUUCUCCGUUCGUGCCACGACAAAAAAAUGUAUGUCCUUUUCUCAAUAUCCAGUGGCAUUGGAAAUAACAAAUGACAAGCUGUUAAUCGAUUCAAAUGGUGUCUGUCGCCCUUUUGCCGCUAAAAAGGAAAGCCAUGUUUGUACUGAGCAGCAUUGCUGCCGACCACGAUACUAAGACUCUUCCCUAAUUCAGCUUGUUGCCGUGUUUCACAAAAACCUGAAUACAAACCUUUCUCUGCAGGCUAUUGUGUCACCAAGGCAAACGUGUCGUUUAAAAAGUCACAUAGUCUCUUCUGAAACUGUACUCAUGUACUCUCUCCAAAUUCAUUGACUGAUCACCAGACAGAAAAUGAAAGCGUGAAACAUUAAGCAUCGUUCAUUUCAGCAGCAUCUCCAAGCUGAGACGUGAUAAAUGAAUAGUUUGGAACACAUGGUGCAAGCGGUCAGUACCAGUUCAUUAUGCUUAUCCCAAUGAAGACGUUUAUACGUCUCCAUAAUGUUUGCGUCUUUUUUCAUUCGUUUUAUAUGCUUUUUCAUAAUGUAAUGUUCCAGAAUCACUUGUGUUCGCCAUUAUUGUAGCGUUACUGAAAAAAAUCUUUUUCUAAAGUACUGUGCCUUUAAGAUCUCUGCCUUUCCUCUAUCUGCCACACGCCAUGUGAAGUGUUUACUCGCCUUGUUUGUGCUUCGCGCCCAACUCCUCUCGAAAUCAUUACCGCACGUUGUCUUGGGCUGGAAAGCCGGUCACGGUUUAGCAACAUUCAUCACAAAGGCGAGUGACGCCGUGAAUCCUGCAGCCGAAGCCUUGUAGCCCCCGUCGUUCCGUGACUGUUUUCUUUAAACCGCUUUAAAGUCUGAAGAACUUCACCUGAAAGCAUUCUGUUUUAUUCACGGUAUCCCUCGGUUUAGCUCAACCCGGUUCAUGUACACAUAUGUUUCAUGUCGCCCUUACUACUGCCAAUGGACAAAAGCAAGUGCUGCUGUUGACUGGGUUGAUUUUAUUUAGUUUUUUUUAUUGUUUUCGCCCCGACGGGUAGGCAUUUGUUUGUGUAGUUUUCGAUGUUAAGUUCAUAAGUCCAUGAUCCUUGCUUUGUCACACAGCAGACGGUGUUUUGAGAUGAAGCCAGGUGUCUUCUUGCAUUGCAUUUACUUUAGUGUGAACAUGUCUGCAGAGAACUCACCUGAAUUAGUGUCACAGUACACAUGUUUGUACCAAAGACAUUUAGAUGCACCACUAUCUACAGUCCCUCACAAAUCAAAUUUUAUCAUAUGUAUAUGUUUGUAUGUGCUGUACAGUAUCUACAUUAUACAUGAAGAUGUGAACUAUAUAUAUACAUAUAUGUAUAUGUAUAUAUACUAUAUACUAUAUACAGUCUAUAUAUGCAAGAAGCUAGACUAUAAUGGUUGAUCUUUAAAAAAGAUCUUUAAAAAGUAAAAUAUAUUGGUAAUUGUGACUGUUAUUGUAAUAACUACACAUACCUGUCAGUCAUUUUCAUAUUACACAAAACUUUCUUAAAGCCCUGUAUGUACAUUUCUAGCAACAACUUUGAAUGAAGUUGAUCCCUUUGCUCCAAAUGUGUCCUAGUGAGCCAGCCUGAUUGAUGCUCUGCUGAUUAGAAUUUUUACUGAAUUUGCACCCAUUUUAUCUUUUACUUAGAUCAAAUGUUAUUUUUGCCUGUACCAACCAAUGAAUAUGCAGAUGAUUCUCACAUUUUAGUAUGUUAUUUUUAUGUUAUCAUAUAUUGGCCACAACCGCAAACCCAAAAACCAGUAAUCCUGAUGGAAGGUGCUAGAAUAAGAUGUAACAUAAUGUGUCCUGAUGUUAAUAGAUUUAGUACCUUUUACUGCACUCUUCCUGUGUUAUGCUUAAGUGCGUUGCCUUAUGGUUAUAUACAGUGGAUAGUAUCCCCCCCUUUUGCGUCCAUCUGUCCACAAGUGUCUGUCACUUGUCUGAAUUCUUGUACAAUGUCCUAGUGAAGCUCCAAUGAAGGAAGUGUUUGGCCUGAAGCCAACUUAAAAGCCAUUUUCUAAAGGUUCCUACUUUUGCUUCUAAAUCCAGUUUGAAAUUGAAUAAAUAAUUAUUUGAGAGCUUGAAAUCAGAAUGUUAUCAAUGUUUUUUUUGUUUUGUUAUUUUGUUAUUUUUCCAAUUGUUGUGAUAAUGUAUUAACAUUGCAGUACAUUUUUGUCAAUAACAUUGGUGCAAUAAAUGACUUGAUAAAA